AUGGAAGUGACGACGUUUCGGCCCGAGGUGUGGAACGUGUCGUCAGUGGGCGGCGGAGGCGGGAACUGGAGCUGCGAGCCGGCGCCGACGCUGACGCAGGCGUCGUGGGUGCGCGCGUGGGUGCUGUCGGCGAUGGCGGCGCUGUCGCUGCUGGGCAACGCGGCGACCAUCGCCAGCAUCCGCCGGCGGCACUGGGCGGCCGCGCCCGGCAGCAGCCGCCACCAUCCCUCGGCGGUGUACGCGCUCAUCCUGCACCUGUCGGCCGCCGACCUGCUAGUGACGGUCUUCUGCAUCGCGGGCGAGGCCGCCUGGAGCUACGCCGUGCAGUGGCUGGCCGGCAACGCCGCCUGCAAGCUGUUCAAGUUCGCGCAGGUGUUCAGCCUCUACCUGUCCACCUUCAUCCUGGUGCUCAUCGGCAUCGACCGCUUCGUCGCCGUGCGCUACCCCAUGCGCGCGCUCGGCGCCGCCAACCGGCUGGGCCGGCUCGUCGCGGCCGCCUGGGGUCUCAGCGCGCUCCUCAGUCUCCCCCAGGUCACAAAAAGCACGUACAGCAGAAGGGUGGCAGAAAGCUUUCGCCAGCGCCCGGUGGCGGCCCCCGCGCUACACAUUAAAUCCCCGACACAAAGCAGGCUGCGCGCAGACCACACCACGCCACGCCGAGUCGCCCGGGAUGGCCUCUGCGCCUCCGGCCACCAGCUACUCGUCAUUCAUGCCGCGUCCGGCGGCGCGCGCAAGAGUUUCGGCGACAAUGCGAGCGACCGGCCGCAGUGGUCACCCCCACCCUUCCCAGCCUAA